AUGGCUCCUGUCCUUCAAUUCGAACAAAUGCACUCUGCUGCGUCUGUGCCAUUGUGCAUCGCCUUCACCAAUCUCAAUUUUACUAAAAUUGCCAACCAUUUCCAAGAGGGCAAUUUAUCUCAGAUUCUUGAUCGCUAUCUCUCUAAAUUGAUUGUUUUUGUCGUCGACCAGCAUGGUGAGUAUUACUUUUCUAUAGUCAUCAUAUUCUACUUUCUUCAGUUUAGAACAGACGUUCGCCCCAAGUUCUUUCGAACUCUUGCACUUCUUUGCGAGGACGAAUCUCUAUCAGAUGCUCAGUUGAAGGCUUAUCAGACGCGCUUACAGGAAUACCAAACCUUUUUGGAGGCAGUCAGUCGACUAGCUAACUGUGGAAAUGUGUGUAUCACAGAGGAAGCAGUGAUGAUUGGAGAAAAUGGACUUCUCACGGGAGAAUCGUUGAACGCCCUACAGCAUGCUGGCGCGAUUUCUGUAUAUAACACAUUGCAACAAAAUAAUUGGGAGUUUCCAGUUCCUGAAGAGGGUGAAGCGGUCGUAAUCAAAACUCAUACCACCAUGCCUGACGAGUUUCUUGAUCAAGAGAAGCCCAUUCGCUCAGACUGGCCGUCUAUACACAUCUCAGAAUGCUUUGUGGAAGGUGAAAAGGCGAAGCUUCAUGGCUCUGUACGACCUCUCCGCACAUUUCUCCCACCCAGUAUCGUUUUUCGGAACGCCGCCGAUAUCGAUGACGAUAUGCCAGAGCCGGAAAUACCGGUUUCGAACUCUACUGGGAUAGAAGCUGGUCUUGAAAUCGUCUCUACGUCUGAAGGCCUUGCCGUAAGAAAACCCACUGAAAAGGAUACAGAGCCGGGUAAUUAA